AAAUUUUAAUUGAUUUAUUCGUCAAAUAAUAUAAGGUUUUCCUUAAUAAUGUUCCACUUAUCCACGGCUGUACAUCGCCACGUCUUCCUACUUAUUCGCAAAAAUUGCAGUCGAAUGUUUACCUUAUUUUGAAUUGAAACAAAUCGGACAACUACGCACAAAAAAGCAAUUUGUUUCUGAGAAUGGAUGAUCAAGGAUGUCCCCGGUGCAAGACAACCAAAUACCGCAAUCCUUCGCUCAAGCUGAUGGUCAAUGUUUGUGGCCAUACCUUGUGCGAAAGUUGUGUCGAGUUGCUGUUCCUUAAAGGAUCCGGUUCAUGUCCUGAAUGUAACGUUGCUCUACGGCGAAGCAACUUUCGGGUGCAGCUGUUCGAAGAUUCAAAUGUUGACAAAGAGGUUCAGAUAAGGAAACGUAUACUGAAGGAUUUCAACAAAAAGGAAGAUGACUUCCCCACCCUGGAUGAAUAUAACAAUUACCUGGAAAUGAUUGAGGAACUUGUGUUCAAUCUUUGCAACAAUAUCGACAUUAUCAACACGAACAAACGGAUUGAGCAGUACAAGAAAGAAAAUAGGGAAUUAAUCCUUAGAAAUAAGGUGAAGCUGAGCAAAGAUGAACUAGAACUAGAACAGCUGAUCGAGGUAGAAAAGGAACAAACCGAGCAACGGAAGAAAGAAUUAGCUAUGAUCGAGGCUGAAAAUCGUAAACAGAAGGCCAAAAAUAAGGAAGAGCUUAUUGAUUCGCUAAUGGCCAGCUACGAAGAUGCCAGUGCAAUUGUGGACAAAUUUGCACAGCGUGCCGAGCAACAGCAGAUUCCGCUUCCCAAGCCAUUGGCUCCGCCUCAAGCGGCACCAAAGCAGUUUUCCACCGGUAUCAAGUUCCAGUCGCAGCACGGUUUUCUGCCGGUGCCGAAAAUCGAGGAAGGACCAACCUACGUGUAUGAGCCGCAGAUCUUCCCCAAAGAAGGGCCAAUGCCUCCGGCUUUGAUUGACAUUGAUGCCAACGGCUACAUCAAACACAUCAGAUGCGAAACUCAGGCUGAGCGAGCAGGUGGUUUCCGGACUAACAUUUCAUGUUUGCGAGCGAUUCAGGAAGCCCUCGUUGGCCUUUAUCACGGUUGUUGAUGUAGUCUUAAAAUACUGAUAAUAACUAUAUUAAAGUCAUAAGAUAGUUUCUACAAAUGUUCCGCCUUAAAAAUAAGUAUUU